AACAAAUCAAGUCUUACAAAGCAUCGCGAUACUUAUCCGUUUAUUGAUCCAUUUCGGUUCGCAAAACAGCUUAAGGGGAAAGUCGUCUUGAUCACUCAAGCACAUAGAGGCAUCGGACGGGCUUCUGCCGUGGCAUUUGCACAGGCAGGUGCAUCAGUUUGCUGUUUGGGACCAUCAGCCGAAGCCCUCGAACCUCUACUUCGUGAAAUCAAGGAGAAGUUCAACACUCCGACUCUGGCAUUGACUGCCGACCUCAUGCAGCCUUCAGCGGCUACCCAGGUGGUGGACCUCGUGGCAAAAUAUCGAGGACCGGUAGACAUCUUAGUCAACAUUACCCCAGCAUCCUAUCUACGACCUCUUGCUCAGGAGUCUGAUAUUAUGAAAGAAUGGUGGCCACACCACGAAGCUAGCGUCCGCGUACCAAUCAGCCUCAUCCAAGCCGUCUUACCAUCAAUGGUGGAACGUCAAAGCGGAAUAAUCAUCAGCACCAUAUUGGCGGUUGCACAUUUACAGCUCCCUUAUCUGUCCCAACAAGGCGUAUCAAAGGCUGCAUUGUUGAAGUUCCAUCAUCAUCUAGAGCUUGAGAUGAGAUCGAAGGGUAUUAUGUCAUUUGCAGUAGAUCCGGGCCCAAUUCCUAGCUACGUCCAUGACCCUGCGUUGCCU